ACCCGAUUGGAUGGACCGAGUGGCCAAUUGCCGGUUCGAUGGAACCGAUCCAAAUCUCCCACGACAAGAGUCUGGACAGCGCCCAACCGUAGACCCGCUCGUCUCUUCCAAGGCCCCGGUCAAGUUGGCUGCUUCCUCACGUCAGUUCAGACGAAUGAGGCGCCCGAAUCCGAGGAGAAACGUACCACCACACACAUACACACACACACAUACUCAAUUGCAGACAAUCGCAUAGAAACGGAUGUCGGCUUGGCUCUGCGCACCAAGUCGCAAGAUCAGACGGCCAUGUGCGGCGGGACACUGAUUGACCCCAGUUGGGUGGUGACCGCGGCCCACUGUAUCACGGGAGUCGCGGGAGCCCGGAGGCCCCGGCGUCGGCCAUACUACACCUCAUCGAGCCGUGCCCACGUCAAGACCCUGCCCAGAGACGCGCUGUUUGUGUACGGCCAGCCGUACAGACCGCUCGCCCGUCAGACCGGACACACGGGACACGCCAUCUCGGCGGGUACCAUGACGCCGAGCGACGAGGGUUUGGCUAACCAACGAGCCUUCGAGACGGCACUCGGUACCGGCCUGGCGCUGGGCGCACUCUUCAACCUCUCGCAGCAGAACGGACUGAGUCCCGUCGACGUGGUCAUCGGCGAUCACCAUCGCGACGUCACCGAGCGCUCCGAGCGCAGAAUCCGCGCCAGCCAGGCGAUCCUGCAUCCCAAGUACCUGUCCGGCGUGACCACGCAUGGCUACGACAUUGCCCUCGUGAAGCUGGACGAGCCAGUACCCGUCGGUGCGUUUCCUCCUGCGAGACACAACCUCCAGUCGGCCUCUGGUUCGAGUCCCGUGCUCGACACAUCAGGCCGGAGCAUAGCAACUGAGUGGCAGAUAAUAGGGUCAGCCGGGCGGCUGGAGACAGACUGGUUGGGAUGA